CCCAGUUCUCACUAUAUCUACGAAACUUUGGGAGAUGCUCCCGGCAGACCCGGACAACCUCAAAUCGAGCACAUAACUGGGGAAAUAUUCAAGGUAUUUUGGGAUCCUGCGAAAAGUAAUGGAGCCACCAUAACAGAAUACAGUCUCGAGGCUUUACAGGCCAGACAACAUAAAAGAAUAAGACGCAAUAUAGUAACACCAGCUAACAAUACCUCUAACACCUCCUUCAACGCGUCCUCUAUUACCCGUUUAGCUCAAAUGCCUUGGGUAGAGGAAUUGCAGCCUUUGGAAGAUAAAUGGCUGUCGUAUUGCAAUACCUCAGAACUAAGUUGUAUAGUACGUGAGUUGCACACUAUGCGUUUCUUAAUGUUUCGUGUGCGUGCACGUAAUGAACCCUAUGGCUGGGGGCCUUACAGUGAGGAUAGUGAACGUGUAUUGGAACCAUUUGUCUCACCACAAAAACGUAACUCAUUAGUGUUGGCCAUUAUAGCGCCGGCUGCCAUAGUAACCACCUGUGUUAUCAUACUAAUUGUCAUACGUAAAGUACAAAAACGUCGCCUGAAAGCCAAACAAUUAUUGGCUAAAAGUCGUCCUAGUAUUUGGAGUAAUUUGUCUACUAUGCAACAGCAAUUGGCAGCACGUAAUAGAGCAUUUUCUAUGACCAGUGCUUCGACCAUGUAUACAGGUGGUCCUUUGAGUGAUGCUGAUAUUGCUCUAUUGCCGCAUAUUAAUUGGAGUCAAAUUACUUUGUUGAAUUUUCUGGGCAGUGGAGCAUUUGGUGAGGUAUACGAGGGUAUGCUGAAGCAUGAGGAUGAGGAGGAAAUGGAAAAGGUGGCCAUAAAGUCUUCGAAGGGCGCCAGUGAAUUUGCUGAGCUUUUACAGGAAGCUCAACUGAUGAGUAAUUUCAAACAUGAGAACAUAGUGCGCCUAAUAGGAGUCUGCUGUGAUACUGAAUCAAUUUCCAUUAUAAUGGAGCAUAUGGAAGGAGGAGACCUCCUCAGUUACCUAAGAGAGUCAAGACCCAAUUCAACGAAACCAGUAGCCUCCUUACAACUCUUAGACCUAAUGACCAUGUGCAUAGAUGUAGCCACCGGUAUGGCCUAUUUGGAGGAUAUGCAUUUUGUUCAUCGUGAUUUGGCAUGUCGCAAUUGUCUGGUUUCAUCACGUAUACCCAGUAAGAGAACGGUGAAAAUUGGGGACUUCGGUUUAGCUAGAGAUAUAUAUAAAAAUGAUUACUAUCGCAAGGAGGGAGAGGCCCUUAUGCCGGUACGUUGGAUGGCUCCCGAAAGUCUAGUGGAUGGUGUUUUUACCACACAAUCAGAUGUCUGGGCUUUUGGUGUAUUAUGCUGGGAAAUCUUGACUUUGGGGCAACAGCCUUAUGCUGCUCGAAAUAAUUUUGAAGUCUUAAAUUUUGUCAAGGAAGGAGGCAGACUAGAGCAGCCGGAUAAUUGCCCAGAUAAAUUAUUCUCUUUAAUGUCUGCCUGUUGGCAAACAGACCCCGAUGAACGUCCCACCUUUCGCAAAUGCUUUAACUCUUUGCUGGCCAUCAAAACCGAUGUACGACGUGUUAGUUUGGGUUACAAUAUCGAUGACAGUGAUUAUGCCAUGUAUGCCAAUCAACAUGGCAUAGUCUUAAGUAGUUUCUUAGCCUCUCCGCCUCUUAAUAAGGUCAAAGAAGAAGAAGAAGAACUGGAGGCACCACUUCAGGAGAACACCAAGGAUAUUAACAAACAAAGUCACAAAUAUGAAAUGAGACAAAAUUCCUUAAAUAGUCAAAAUGAAGAGGAAUCCAUUUUGGCCAAUAAUCAUAUACAAGACAAAGCCCUUGAGUCCAUAACCGAUAAAAAUGAUUUGAAAGUUCGUUUUAAUAACAACAUUUCCAUGAGAGAUGCCGAGGAGCCGGAAUCUUUGAAUGAUGAGUCACAUUUAAUAGACACUAAGUUAUAUAGAAUACAAGAAAAUCCUGAUUAUUAUGUUAAUGAGGGUGUAUCCCGUUUAUAGAUGGGUUAGCAGGGAUCAAAUCGAAAAGCCAAAUAAUCAUUGAAAUCAUUUAGUUGUAAUUAAUUUAAGCAUCGAAUCUACGAAUUUUUUCUUUUUAAGAGACUGUUUUUUAAGAAAGGUUUUUCAAUUGUUUAUUGUUGUAAGUGUAAAAAGAUUAUUUAUAUGUAAAAGUUUUUCUAAUAAAAAAAGUUCAAAUUUGUACAAAAU